AUGUUUUCAUCAAACCGCACACGUCAUCAAGAAGGCAGCUUUUCGAAACAUCGCGCAAGCAAGUCUAAAUCUCAGAAGAAGAAUCCCUCGUUCAGGGACUCGUCAAGGAGAGUAGAGAGGCUGGCACAGCAUGCCCAGGCAUCAUCUCCGCAAUCAAACCAAACAUCGCCAACACUAGGAAGUGCCAUUAUCACUAUAUCCGUCGGCCGCGAGCAGCGACUCUUCGCAGCGCAUGAAGAUGUUCUGUCGCAUUCUCCUUGGUUUCAAACCCUCUGUAGCGGCCAGUUCUUCCAAACCACCAACAAGCGCAUCGACCUACCCGACGAAGAGCCCGAAGUCUUCUCGUCGAUUCUUGAGUACCUCUACAAGGGUGACUACUACCCGCGUAUGGAGUACGACAAGAAGCGAAACAGCUGGAACCUCGAAGAUGGCGGCAAUGCCAACAGCACACAUGAAGCUGUCGUUCAGUCUUCAGUCGGACCGAUACUGAAAGACACUGUCAUCUACUGUCAAGCCGACAAGUACGGAUUGCAAGAAUUGAAGAAGCUUGCUCUGAAGAAGCAAGGUCUCCAGUCUGGCAUCCAGUGCUCGACCAUCUUGACGUCUGCCCGUUACGCAUACGCCAAUACUCCUGACAACGACUCGAAGCUCCGUGCACACUACCUCGCGCUCAUCAUCCGAGCUAGGCACACCUUCAAGCGCAGCGGCACGAUGCAGAACGAGAUGGAGAACGGGGGCAAACUCUUCUUCGACUUGUUCGUUGCCAUGGUCAACCACAUGGACGACCUGUCAUCACCUUCGAUCCGCUGA